AUGGGAUUUAAUUCACAAUUCACCAUACUUAAGGAUAACAAACUUACCGGACCUAACUAUAUUGAAUGGAAACGAAAUUUGGACAUUGUGUUGACUGCUGAGGAGUACAAGUUUUGCACUUAUGAACCCAAGCCUGAUCAGCCUGCUGCUGAUGCUCCUAAAGAUAAGAAAGAUUAUUAUAAGCGCUGGAUUAAGGCUGAUGAGAUGUCACGAUAUUACAUUCUGGCAGUAAUGGCUGCUAGGCAAGUAGCCAUGAUGGCUUUAAUGAACACUCAGAUGGCUGAAGGAACACCUAUAAGGGAUCGUGUUCUCAAGAUGAUGUCACAUCUGAAUGAGAUAGAGAUCCUUGGUGCUGAACUUGACGAGAAAACCCAGAUUGACAUUAUCCUUAUGAGCUUGUCCAAGAGUUUUGGGCAGUUUCGAUUGAAUUAUAACAUGAACAAGAAAAAGAAAAAGACUCAGACAUAG